GCCGCAGUGCCCGCAGAGCCCCGCAGGAUGCCGUGUCCCCUCGCCGCGGGCACAGCCGGCAGAACACCCCACACCUGAGGGAAAAGGGGCUCGGGUCCGGAUCCUUCUGGUCAUCUGAUUCGGGUCAAGCGGGACUUUGCAUCGCCAACAGCCGGCCGAUCCCACCGGAGCAGCUCCCAGCGCCUGCUGCUGCCCCCCCGGCAGUGAGGAGGGAGGCUCCUUCAGUCCCCGGAGGGUUGAGAGGCUGCCCUCCUCCCCCCCAGCAGUGUCCCCUCCAUGGACCACCACCAAGCAUGAGCACCGACGCUGAGCAGCUCCCGGCGGGGUCCCAGGCAGCCAGCGUGCCCCUCUGGACUGUAUCCAGCUGGGCUGCCUCUGAGGUGCCCCCCAACACCAGCGCGGCAUCGGGGGAGGCCGGCCGGCAGCAGGGGCAGGCAGAAUGGGGCAGCAAGGCAGGCGAGAUGGCAGGCAUGGUGGUCAUCCAGUGCAUCUAUGCCCUGGUGUGCCUGCUGGGGCUGCUGGGUAACUCCCUGGUCAUCUUUGUCAUCCUGCGCUACGCCAAGAUGAAGACAGCCACCAACAUCUACUUGCUCAACCUGGCCAUUGCCGAUGAACUCUUCAUGCUCAGCAUUCCCUUUGUGGCCACCUCGGCUGCCCUGCACCACUGGCCCUUUGGCCGGGCCCUGUGUCGCACCGUGCUGGGCGUCGACGGCCUCAACAUGUUCACGAGUGUCUUCUGCUUGACUGUCCUCAGCCUGGACCGCUACAUUGCAGUGGUGCACCCGCUGCGGGCAGCCACCUACCGCCGUCCUCGGGUGGCCAAGAUGGUCAACGGGGGGGUGUGGCUCCUCUCCUUGCUGGUGGCUUCACCCAUCCCCAUCUUCGCCGGCACAGCAACCACCCACGAUGGCCAGGCAGUAGCCUGCAACCUCCUGUGGCCAAGCCCGGCCUGGUCGGCAGCUUUUGUGGUCUACACCACCUUGUUGGGUUUCCUGCUGCCGGUGCUGGCCAUGGGGCUGUGCUACCUGCUGAUCGUGGGCAAGAUGCGGGCAGUGGCCCAGCGGGUGGGCUGGCAACAGCGCCGGCGCUCCGAGGGCAAGCUGACACGCCUGGUGCUGAUGGUGGUGGCCAUGUUCGUCAUCUGCUGGCUACCUUUCUAUGUGGUGCAGGUGGUCAACCUCCUGCUGCCUGGCCGCUUGGAUGCCACCGUCAACAACGCUUCCCUCAUCCUCAGCUACUCCAACAGCUGUGCCAACCCCAUCCUUUACGGCUUCCUCUCAGAAAAUUUCAGGCAUUCCUUCCAUGGCGUGCUGCGCCGCUGCCUCGAUGCCAGCCUCUGCUGCUGCCACGCCAAGGAGGGUACCGCUGAGGAGGAGGAGGAGGAAGAGCCCCUUGAUUACUGCACCCCUCCCCGGGGGGACGACAAGGGCAAGGGCUGCAUCUGCCCACCCCUGCCCUGCCAGCAGGAGCCCGUGCACCCCCAGCCCUGCUGCAAGCCUGGACCCCUCCUGGCAAGGACCACCGCUUUCUAGGCUGUCCCCAACUCCAAGCAGCAGGUUGGGCAUGUGCCCUGUCCUGCAGCAAAGGGGAUGCUGGCCGGAGAGGGGACACGCUGCCAUGCCCCGCACUGCUGCUCCUCACUCGUGCUGUGCGGCUUGACGAAAUAAAAAGCCAUAAGACCGG